UCCUUUCAUCGCGCUUAUUUCUUUCUCUUUCUUCCUCUCUUGCGGCUCGGCGUUGUCAUCUCUCCCCCCAGCGGCGAAGCAACUGGUCGAGCUACGGCAUGCAGUUUGCACGUAACGCGAGGAUUGCAAACGGCUUUCGAUUUGACCCAUCGAGACAAGUCGUGGCUUUCUUUGUUCGAUUGCAUUGCGCCAUUGGCAACCAAGCACACAGAUACAAGUACACUUGGACUUGGAUACAUACAUAGACAGAUGGCAUGGAUGGACAUGGCAUGCCGGGGCGUGGCGCGGCGCUAGUCGGAGCUUGUCGCUUCUUGACGUAUCUUAGCUCUGUCUGGACGGCCUGGCACACCAUCGCCUUGUCCGAUUGCAUCAUCCUCGGGGCCGUUUCCCAUCUUCACAUUUGCCUUGUUGCCAGUACCGCGCUUGAUUUGCAUCUCCAUCAUCAAAUGUCACCAGACGUACCCACCGCCCGCACCGUUCGCUCCGUCGCUUGCUUUCUAGCCGACCCACCCGUGACAGCCUGUGGCGUUCAUCCGCCGUGGCAAAUGCAUCCAUGAUGCUUUGCUGCAAGCCCUGCCAUGACUAAUGCAUUCCACCAACACCUUCACCCUCGGGCUGCCCUGCAAAGCAGAAACACACAGCGAGCAGACACUCUGCACACCCAUUACAUCCCCGACUUCGCUUAAAACGCAUACAUAGCUGCC